AUGAGCGCCAGAAGCUCGGCCGCACUAUUGAGGGCCUUGGGCAAAAUCUGGAAGCCUUGCCAGACGAUUUGCGGAGAGGGCUGGGGGGUGCCGAAGCCGCGGUCCAACUUGACGGAGGCCCAGAAACUCCGUGUCAUUGAGUUGGAUGGUGAGUGGGCCGUAGCAAAGCAGGAGCGGGAGGCAGCGCACCAGAAGAGAGGCUAA